AUGAACAUGCAACUGCAACAGAUUUCUGUCACCCCGCGUGACGUCACUUCGUCACGGUUGUCGGGUGGCGGCGGAGGCGGAAAAGCCAAGGACAAAGACAAACAGAAUGAAAAACCGUUGGGUCAUUCAGCGAGCAGAUCCAGCAAUAUAUCAAAGGCCGGCAGCCCGACUUCCGUCAACGCCCCCAGCAGCUUCUCCAGAACGUCUGUUUCUCCCUCCAGCCAAGACAUCUGCAGGAUCUGCCACUGCGAAGGCGACGAGGAGAGCCCUCUGAUCACGCCGUGCCACUGCAUGGGCAGCCUGCGCUUCGUGCACCAGUCGUGUCUGCAGCAGUGGAUCAAGAGCUCGGACACGCGCUGCUGUGAGCUCUGCAAGUACGAGUUCAUCAUGGAGACCAAACUCAAGCCUCUGCGCAAGUGGGAGAAGCUCCAGAUGACGGCGAGCGAGAGGAGGAAGAUCAUGUGCUCGGUCACCUUCCACAUCAUCGCCAUCACCUGCGUGGUGUGGUCGCUCUACGUGCUCAUCAACAGGACGGCCGACGAAAUCAAGCAAGGCAUCAUGGAGUGGUCGUUCUGGACCAAGCUGGUGGUGGUGGCCAUCGGCUUCACGGGCGGCCUGGUCUUCAUGUACGUCCAGUGCAAGGUCUACGUCCACCUGUGGAGGAGACUCAAGGCCUACAACCGCGUCAUCUACGUGCAGAACCGGCCCGACUCGUGUAAAAAACCCAAUCCGGAGAAGCCGCCGCUCCUGGAACCUGGCGUGGAGCACAACAAGGACACGAUGGCCCCCGCCCACUCCGACACCAACUCCUCCCACCACACGGAGACUGACGACUACAGUAUGGACGUCCUCCACGUCUGA